UCGCCCCGCCCCGCGCCGUCGCCGCCGCCGCAGCUGCUGCUGAGCUACAGCUUCAGUUAACGGAGAUCAGCGGACCUGAAGGAGGACAGGGAGGAGCGUGGCUGUGCUUGCGCCGGGAUCACGGACAGACGGCCAAACGGACGCGCAGGAGUUUCUCCAACAUUCUCUGGAGGUGUUACUGAAGUUUUGGAGGUGUUUUGGCGUGCCGGGGUCAGAGGUCACGGCUCCAUGUGGUCUGAUAGAAGAUGAAACAACAUGACUUUGGACAGAGUGAGUCGGGGUCCUCCUGCGGCGCUCUGCCGGGGUCGCAUGCCAACCUGCACCAGGUUUCGCUGGAUUUGUGUGAGGACAGAUCAGCUGAUUGCAGCUGUGAAAAGUUGGAGGAGGGCGGAGCUGAAGAUGCAGACCAGAGCAAAGGUGGAGAGAAUGACAGGUGUGAUCAUCCCGUCGACACUGCCGGGCUUUUCUCCUUUAUGACAUUUCAUUGGCUGACUCCUCUGGCUGUACACGCCCGCAGGAAAGGACAGCUCCUGUUGGAUGAUAUCUGGCCAAUGUCGCAGCAGGAAAGCUGCCAUGACAACAGCAUGAGGCUGUUGGCUCUUUGGGAGGAGGAGCAGAGGUCAAAGGGCACCAAUGCCUCUCUGUGUUCGGCGGUUUGGUCUUUCUGCCGCUCUCGCCUCCUCCUCUCCAUCCUCUGCCUCACCGUUACUCAGCUGGCUGGGUUCAGCGGGCCGGCGUUUGUGGUGAAGCGUCUGCUCGAGUACACCCAGCAGGAGGAGUCCGACCUGGGCUACGGGCUGCUGCUGGUUCUGGGCCUCCUCGCUGCAGAGCUGGUGCGGUCCUGGUCUCUGGCCCUGACCUGGGCCCUGAACUAUCGGACCGGGACCAGACUGAGAGGAGCCAUCCUCAGCCUGACCUUCCAGAAGAUCCUUCGUCUGCGUAGCAUCAGAGACAAGUCGGUGGGACAGCUGGUGAACAUGUGCUCCAGUGAUGGUCAGAGGAUGUUUGAGGCAGCAGCAGUGGGCAGUCUGUUAGCAGGAGGCCCCCUUGUGGCCAUCCUCGGUGUUGCUUACAACCUGUUUAUACUGGGGCCGACGUCUCUGCUGGGCUCAGCCGUCUUCAUCCUCUUCUACCCCACCAUGAUGGUCAGCUCCAGGAUGACGGCGUAUUUCAGGAGGAGGGGCACAGCCGUCACUGACAGACGAGUGCAGAAGAUGAACGAGAUCCUCAGCUACAUCAAGUUCAUCAAGAUGUAUGCCUGGGUCAAAGCCUUCUCACAGGACGUCCACCGGAUCCGGGAAGAGGAGCGCAGGAUCCUGGAGCUCACGGGUUACUUCCAGAGCAUCACAGUGGGCAUGGCUCCCAUUGUCGUCGUCAUCGCCAGCGUGGCGACAUUCUCCACCCACAUGCUGCUAGGAUAUGACCUGACAGCUGCGCAGGCCUUCACCGUGGUAACAGUGUUUAACGCCAUGACCUUUGCCCUGAAGGUCACACCAUUCUCUGUGAAGUCGCUGUCCGAGGCCUCUGUUGCCAUGGAGAGAUUCAAGAGUCUCUUCCUGCUGCCGGAGGUCAACGGCGUCCAAGCGUUGCCCGCUGACCCUCAGGUUGCCGUGAAGAUGUGUGGUGCCAGUCUGGCGUGGGAGGGCGGGGGUCAGAGCGCCCAGCCCAGUCCGUGUGUCGGAGCGGCCGGCAGACACCGACAGAGGGAAAAGUGCAGAGACUCAGCCAUCAUCCCGGAGGAGGAGGAAGAGGAGGUGAACGACUCCCUGCUCAGAGGAAGACGAGGAGGAGAGGUGACCGCAAGUGCAGAGGAGGACGGUGGAGAGGAGGAGGAUGAAGAUGGGGAGGCGUGUCCUCCGCUGUUGCCCACCCCCUCCAUCCCUCAGCGCCUGCAGAGCACCCUACACAACAUAAACCUGAGCGUCCAGCAGGGGAAGCUGCUCGGUGUCUGCGGGAGCGUCGGCAGUGGAAAAACCUCCCUGAUUUCAGCCAUCUUGGGACAGAUGAUAAUGCUGAAGGGCAGCGUGGCUGUUAGAGGGAGGCUGGCCUACGUGGCUCAGCAGGCCUGGAUCCUGAACGCGACACUCAGGGACAACAUCCUGUUCGGGCUGGAGUAUGAGGAGGACAGGUAUCAGUCUGUCCUCAGCGCCUGCUGUCUCAGACCCGACCUUGCUCUGCUGCCCAGUGCUGACCUCACAGAGAUUGGAGAACGCGGUGCCAAUCUAAGCGGUGGGCAGCGGCAGCGAAUCAGCUUGGCCCGCGCCCUCUACAGUGACCGGGAUGUUUACGUCCUGGACGACCCGCUCAGCGCCCUCGACACCCAUGUGGCCAGCCACAUCUUCCGCAACGCCAUCAGGAAGCAGCUGCGCCACAAGACCGUCAUCUUUGUCACCCACCAGCUGCAGUACCUGGUGGACUGUGACGAUGUCAUCAUGAUGAGGGAGGGGAGUAUUGUUGAACAGGGUAACCAUGACGACCUGAUGAAACUCAACGGAGACUACGCCGCCAUGUUCAACCUCUUCCUGCUCGGAGACAAACCACACAUCGAGGUACCUGUCUGUCUCUACGUGUCCCAGUCUCACCUGUCUCUGUCUCACCUGUUCACCACUCACCUGUCUCCCCUGUCUCAGGCUCCAAGCAGGAAGAAUGGCGGCUCUCAGAGGAAACCAGCUGACACGAAACCGAGAUCAGUGAAGAAGAACGCGCCGGCCGUCAAGGACAACGGGGAGGAGCAGCAGUAUGGGGCCGUGGCCUGGCCUGUGUUCCAGGUGUACAUGUCAGCGUGCGGUGGCUCCGCCUCCUGCCUGCUGAUCCUUGCCCUGUUUGUUCUGAACGUGGGAAGCUCUGCCUUCUGCCAUUGGUGGCUCAGUUACUGGAUCAAUCAGGGCAGCGGGAAUACCACGGUAGCCCAUGGCAACAGCUCGACGGUGAGCAUCAGCAUGAGAGAUAAUCCCAUGAUGCAACAGUAUGCCGCCAUUUACGCCUCCUUCAUGGGAGUCAUGCUGCUCUUCAAACUCAUCAGAGGUGUCGCCUUUGUCAAGGGAACCCUGCGAGCUUCCUCCAAGCUGCAUGACGAGCUCUUCCACAAGAUCCUUCGCUGCCCCAUGAAAUUCUUUGACACGACUCCCACGGGACGAAUCCUCAACCGCAUCUCCAAGGAUAUGGAUGAAGUCGACACACGUCUGCCCUUCCAGACGGAGAUGUUCAUCCAGAACGUGAUCCUGGUCUUCUUCUGCUUGGGUGUCAUCAGCUGUGUUUUCCCGUGGUUCCUGGUUGCAGUGGGUCCUCUGGUCUUGCUUUUUGCAGUGCUCCACAGCAUCUCCAGGGUCUUCAUCCGGGAGCUGAAGCGGCUGGACAACGUGACGAUGUCUCCCUUCAUGUCCCACAUCACCUCCAGCAUCCAGGGCCUGGCCACCCUGCAGGCCUACGACAGAGGCCAGGACUUCCUGCACAGGUACCAGGUGCUGCUGGACCAGAACCAGGCCCCAUUCUACUUGUUCAGCUGUGCGAUGCGGUGGCUGGCCGUGCGCCUGGAUGUCAUCAGCGUGGCUUUGAUCAGCAUCACAGCUCUGAUGAUAGUCCUGAUGCACGGCAAGAUCCCUCCCGCCUACGCUGGCCUCGCCAUCUCCUACGCUGUGCAGUUAACAGGCCUGUUCCAGUUCACGGUGCGUUUGGCUUCUGAGACCGAAGCUCGCUUCACCUCUGUUGAAAGAAUCCAUCACUACAUCCAGUCCCUGUCCCAGGAGGCCCCGGCCCGGGUCAAAGGUCGGGCUCCUCCACCUGACUGGCCCCAGGAGGGGGAGCUGGUUUUCAGGGAGGUGGAGAUGAGGUACCAGGAGAACCUCCCUCUGGUCUUGAACAAGAUUUCCUGCACCAUCCGGCCCAAGGAGAAGGUUGGCAUUGUGGGCAGAACCGGAUCAGGUAAGUCGUCUCUGGGCGUGGCCUUGUUCCGUCUGGUGGAGCGCUGUGGCGGCUCCAUCCUGAUUGAUGGCGUCGACAUCAGUGACAUCGGACUGGCUGACCUUCGCAGCAAACUGUCCAUCAUCCCUCAGGACCCGGUGCUAUUCAGUGGAACAGUCAGGUCCAACCUGGACCCCUUUAACCAGUACAGUGAGGAGAAGAUCUGGGACGCCCUGGAGAGGAGUCACAUGAAGGAGUGUGUGUCCCAGCUGCCUCUGAAGCUGGAGUCGGAGGUGGUGGAGAAUGGAGAAAACUUCUCGGUGGGGGAGCGCCAGCUGCUGUGUGUGGCCAGAGCUCUGCUGAGACAGUGCAAGGUGCUGAUCCUGGACGAGGCCACCGCAGCCAUGGAUGCUGAGACAGACGCUCUGAUCCAGGAGACCAUCAGGAGCUCAUUUCAGCACUGCACCACCCUGAUCAUCGCUCACCGCCUCCACACUGUCCUUGCCUCCGACCGCAUCAUGGUGCUCAACCAGGGACAGGUGGUGGAGUUCGACGAGCCGUCCAAGCUGCUGGCCAAUGAGAACUCACGGCUGUGUUCAAUGCUGGCCGCUGUGGAGAACAAGAUAUCUGUGCGAGGAUGAGGAGGAUGAAGAUGCUGCUGUACUGUAACACUGGCCUCAGAGUCGUGCCUCGCAGCCGUUGCUCUGACUUACUGUUGCUUUUUUGCGACGUUCUUCUCUUGAAUCAUGUGAUCGCCAGUUUUUAUGACCUGAUGUGAAACAGGUCUGUGCUCACUGCUGUGGUUGACCCGUGUGGUGGGAGGGGCUAAAGGACGCUGUAAAAACCUUAAUCUUCUUUGUCAUUUUUAUCGAUGUUGUUCUUAUUCACGACAUGCUCCGCCUCGACCGCAGUAACCUUUAUUUAACCGAACGUCCUUCUUUGACCCAUAAACUGAUCAGCUUUUACUGAUUGCUGACUGAUUGAUUUGUUUCAGAAUGUAAAGAGGAAUGUUUUUGAAGUUCAGUUUUUAUUCUAACCUGAGACACGUGAGCUUCUUUGCAUUUUUAUAGUCUCUUUUGCACGUUUGUUUAGAUUUGAGUGUUAGUUCGUAAAGUGAAGGCUGUGCUGCCCUCUAGAGGAGAAACACAGUAACUACAUAUUAGUCCAGACGGACUGUUUUAAUAACCCAAUAACAUGUUUGAUAUCAGUAAAAACAAGCAGCUUUAAUCUAAAGCACGGUCGGUUUGUGUCUGUGUAGCUGCUGCAUUCGGGCUUUGUGUUGUUGGCUCUGUGAUCAGACUCAUUCAUGACAUUUACUGCAGAAUAUACACGUUCAAUAUUUAACAGAAAAUAAAACAUGCAGGGAGAACCAUGCGGAUAAAAACAGUGAUUAAUAUAUUAAAAACCUGAUGUUUCUUUUUCCUCCUUUUUAUGGAGUUUCUUUUUCUCUUAAACUUCUUUAUUUAAUGUGAAAACAAAAAAAUGAUGAUGACAUCCAGUGUGUUGGAGACGAGCUCGGGCUGUGCACACGGAGCUUUGCAGCCGUCAGUGUUUCUCUGUACUUGUUCCUUAUAAAUAAACUCCACCUGUUCUUCUCA